UUAUUUUCACCCAGUUUCAACUUAUAAGUGAAAAAUUAUUACACAAAGCAAUAAAGCUGAAUAAACAGCGGAUUCUGAUCACAGUCAUCUUAGUUAUAUAAACUAAAGUGAGUUUAAUCAAGAAAGAAUGGUUAAUAAAGCUCAAAUGCAUAUUGAAUUUUCAAUGCUUUCUGAGUUUUAGCUUGUUAAAAUUCAACUUUUAGCUACAAACUAAAUCUAAUUAACCAGGAGAUAAAAAUAAACACAAACGGGCCUAUUUUACAUCUCAAUGGGUAAACACGUUAACUGUAACAGUAGCUCAAUACGCUUCAUUGGAUUUUUAAAGACAAAAAUUUAGGGGCUGAUGAACUUUAAUCAGCUCAAUUGGUUAAAAGCAGAAUAAUAAACAUUAAAGGCACUGCCACAUUAAAUCUCAAUAAUGUUAUCAAUGGAAUCAAUCAUCGACGCUUAUACAUGGCACGUUGAUCCAAUAACCCGUUACUUCUCAUUUUACCAAGGAUUUCCUUUUGUUUCAGUUUUCAUUGUUAUUAGCUCCAUAAUUUUAACCAAGUUCAUAUUACCCAUUUGGAUGUCAAAACGCAAGGAACCUUAUGAUACAAGGCCUGUCAUGUUCAUGAUCAACGGAGUCGACUUUGGUAUAUCAAUUUGCGGAUCUUUGUUGAUCUACUUCUCCUCGCCUACACGAUUGGUGGGCUUUACAUGUAAACCUUUAUCACUCGAUGAUUUUACCCAUAUUGCUUAUCGAUAUGCUGGCGUUGCAUACUUUUUUGUCCUUCUUACCAUGUUGAUUCGACCCAUGCUUCGAGUCCUUCGCCAUCAAACAAAAGGAGUCAAUGCAUUGACUCUUCACUCAAUCUUUUUACCUUUUUACGUUUACUACAUUCUUUUCUGGGAAUGCACUGAAGCUGCUCUAUUUUUACCUUUCAUCGAGACUGCUGUAGGCUCUUUAAGAGCUGGAUAUUUCAUCUUGACCAUUUCAACCGACAACUCAGCCAAAUAUACAACCUUUCGUCGGUUCGUGAUUAUGGCUCAAAUCAUUCUAGGAUUCAGUCUUCUUUUCCAUGUGGCAAGUUUAAUGGCAAAUCCAACCUGUAGCAAUUAUUAUGGAAUCAAAACAAUGGAAACAAUUUAUGGAUUCGGUUACGUUUUCUAUGGAUUCUCAAUUCUCAACAACAGAAAUUUCAAGGCAAAAGGAUAUCGAAAAACGAAAUAAGCUAACAUCUAUUAGCUUAGAUUUUUAGAUUUCAGUUGAACUUUUAUUUCCAUAUUUUUAAAUUUUUUGAUAAAACCACAAUAAAUGAAUUGUAUUUUUUUACUGCUGAUAAAUAUUGAAUAAUCCAACUAUUUUUCAAACAACUGUCAUGU